UACACCACUUAUUAAACGUCGAGAAGAGAGAGUUUGAAGCCAACAAUCAACUCUCUCUUCGACGAACACCAAUACACCAUCUAUCUAUAUAUAUAUAUAUAUAUAUACAUAUACAUAUAUGAAAGAAAACCCAACAGCUCCAGACAAAAAACACACGCACCGUACAUAACACCCUCACCAACUCUUCAUCCAAUCCUCAUUCCCUUGCGAUCCGCCACCACCACUCUCUCUCUCUUCCCAUUGCUUCUUUUUCCCUUAAUGAGAUUGAGAAGACUACCAUGCCUUAUUACAAAAAUCCAUUCCCCUUGUUCCAAGAGCAAGAGCAUGUCCACCACCGCCCCCCGCCCCCAAAAAAUCGUGGUGGUCAUGGGCCCCACCGGCUGCGGCAAGACCAAACUCUCCAUCGACCUCAUCUCCCGCUUCUUCCCCUCCUCCGAAAUCAUCAACUCCGACAAAAUCCAAGCCUACCGCGGCCUCGACAUCACCACCAACAAAAUCCCCCUCUCCGACCGCAGAAACAUCCGCCACCACCUCCUCGGCCACUUCACCCCCUCCGAUUCCCACCCCGAAUUCACCCCCUCCGACUUCCGCUCCGCCGCCUCCGCCGCCGUCUCCGACAUCCUCUCCCGCCGCCGCAUCCCCUUCCUCGUCGGCGGCUCCAAUUCCCUAAUCUACGCAUUCAUCUCUAACAAAUUCAACCCGGACACCGACGUCUUCUCCUCCUCCUCCUCUGCCUUCUGCCGGGAGCAGCGCUACCACUGCUGCUUCCUCCACGUCGACGUCGCGCUGCCGGUGCUCAACGCCUACCUCGUCAAGCGCGUCGACGACAUGCUGGACUCGGGCAUGUUCGACGAGCUGAGGGAAUAUUUCAGCAGCGGCGAGUGUGACUCAGUGAGUCAGAGCGGGCAGAAGAAAGCCAUCGGGGUCCCGGAAUUCGAGGGGUAUUUUCGACGUUUCAAGGAGGAUGACGUGGAGGCGUACGAGGGGGCGGUGGGGGCCAUCAAGGACAACACGUGUCAGCUGGCGAAAAGGCAGGUCGCCAAGAUCCAACGGCUGAGGGAGUGCGCCGGGUGGGAUCUGAAAAAGGUGGAGACGACGGCGGCGGUGGAGGGGGCCGGUGGGAGGAGGGUGGCGGAGAUUUGGGAGAGGCAGGUGUUGGAACCAAGCGUGAAGAUUGUGAAGCAGUUCUUGAUGGAGUAGGUUUUCCAGCUAAAUUGGACAUUCCCCCCUUUCUCUCUCUUGUUUGUUAAGAGUUUUUUGUUUUUUUUUUUUGAGUUGUAAAAGUUUUGGAAAUGAGGGGGGAGGGGGGCGACCGAUUUUGGGGAUGAGAUGAGGGCAGGCUUCUCUAAAUCUGAACAGGGAGAGAAGGAAGGGGGGGGCUGCUGGUACAUUCUGCUAAUUGCUACUAACUCAUAAAUACAAACAAAAACCAGUCAACCAAAAAAUUGUAUGCUUCUCCUUGUUUUCAAUCCAUUUUUACUCAUUUUGUUCGUACCAAUAAUUUCCACUAUCUUCUGAAAUCUAGCAACAUAGCUAGACUGAGAGUUUGAAUCCUAGGUUUCAUGUGAUCGAAAACCAACAAAAAUUCAUUUUUUUUUAGGAAAGCGACACCUUUGGAGCUUGGGCUUUGAAUGCAUUAAUUUGAUCAAACCUCACCUGCUAGUGUCCUCCUUUAUAAUAUUGUGAUGUAAUCACCUUUAUAAUAUUGUGAUGUGAUGUGAUUAUUAUAUCCAUUUUAAAAU